GAAUUUCAUCGCAGUUUGGAUCAGUUCUUGAUCAGAAUUUUAUCCCUGGAUUAAAAUUUUCUUGGACAAACAGACACCAUCAACAUACAACAAUGAAGACGGCUGUAUUGUUUCUGGCGUUGAUGCCAUUCGUGUUCUCGGCUCAUGUUGUGCAGGACAGAUUCAUUGAAUCUCUUCUCGGCGGAUACGAUAUCCUAGAUUUGGCCAAGCAGCUCCUUGCUCAGUUCGGUACAGACGAAACCGAGGCGCAAUGUGAGGCCACAUUUUGCCCUGAGCUCGUCAACAAAAUUGACGGACACAACCCUAUCAUCACAAAUCUGCUGUGCGGUCUCGUCUGCAAAGAGGCUCAAAUUCUUUCACAAAACUUCGUUGUAACCGCUCCACCACUGGGAGGGAAAUAGAGAUCCAGAACACCAGCUCAGCACAUCGAUUUCAAUUUGAUUAUGAUCUAUAACAGUCAAUAAAAUUUCAACAAUUGAA